CUAACCCUACGAUCCCGGUUCAAUUUGGAUCUAUGGAUCUAAUUAGAUCAAUUUUUGCGAUCCGGAUUUAAACAUGGUGACGCAGUGUGAGCCUUGUUGGAAACAUUUUUUUUACCCCGAAUUUUGCAAAUCCCCCUACCCACACCUACAGCCCACAUUCCAUACUUGUCUGCAGGGGAGGAUCCAUAGCAUCAAUGGGUCUGCAAGUCUUCUCAGGGGAGAUGUCUUGCAGUUUGUUCCAUAGAUGUUCAUCCACUGUGAUUUCAAGGUCGUAUCUUUUAUUCAAAGGAAAGAGUCCCAGAUAUAGAUGCUCUAUGUAUUCAAGAACACUUAGGAAUUCCUCCACACGGGCAAUUUUCGGUUUCAAUGGCUUGCGUAUAUCAGAGAAACCAAAAUCGUUACAAUGCAAUUGCCUGCCAGCUGAAAGGGGCUUUGAAAGAACUUUUGAGGAUGAAAAAGGAAGAUCCUUGCAUGCUUCUACUGCUCAGCAAUUGAAGAAUGGUAAUGGAGGUGUACCUUCAAUUAAAGGGUUGACAAAUUCUCUAGAGGACGAGGCAUGGAAAUUGCUGCAGGAAUCCAUGGUGUUUUAUUGUGGUAAUCCCGUAGGAACGAUUGCUGCUAAUGAUCCGAAUGAUUCGAGCAUUCUCAACUACGAUCAAGUGUUUAUUCGCGACUUUAUUCCGUCUGGGAUUGCUUUUCUGUUGAAAGGAGAGUUUGAUAUUGUACGCAACUUCCUCCUUCAUACUCUUCAGUUACAGAGUUGGGAGAAAACAAUGGAUUGUUACAGUCCAGGACAGGGGCUGAUGCCUGCGAGCUUUAAAGUGCGUACUGUUCCACUUGACAAUGACGAGAAUGCAACCGAAGAUGUGUUGGAUCCUGACUUUGGUGAAGCGGCAAUUGGUCGGGUUGCACCUGUUGAUUCUGGGUUAUGGUGGAUUAUAUUGUUGCGGGCAUAUGGAAAAUGUUCAGGAGACCUUUCUCUUGUGGAGAGGGUUGAUGUUCAAACUGGAAUGAAGAUGAUAUUGAAGCUAUGCCUUGCUGAUGGUUUUGAUAUGUUCCCAACUUUAUUGGUCACCGAUGGCUCUUGCAUGAUUGAUCGCCGCAUGGGCAUUCAUGGCCACCCUCUUGAAAUUCAGGCAUUGUUCUAUUCUGCCCUACUUUGUGCAAGGGAGAUGCUGGCUCCUGAAGAAGCUUCGGUUGACCUUCUAACAGCUCUUAACAACCGUCUCUUAGCAUUGUCAUUUCACAUCCGCGAAUAUUACUGGAUUGAUGUGAAAAAACUUAAUGAAAUCUACCGUUACAAAACAGAGGAGUACUCUUACGAAGCAAUCAACAAGUUCAACAUAUACCCAGACCAGAUUCCUCACUGGCUGGUUGAAUGGAUGCCGAGUAAAGGUGGGUAUUUGAUUGGGAACUUGCAGCCAGCUCAUAUGGACUUCCGUUUUUUCUCUCUUGGGAAUCUAUGGUCCAUUGUGAGCAGCCUUGCUACAACAGAUCAGUCUCAUGCUAUAUUGGAUCUUAUUGAAGCCAAAUGGGAUGAUUUAGUGGCUAAUAUGCCCCUCAAGAUAUGCUAUCCUGCUCUUGAAGGUCAAGAGUGGCGUAUUAUAACUGGCGGCGAUCCAAAGAACACGCCAUGGUCAUACCACAAUGCCGGCUCUUGGCCAACUUUACUUUGGCAGCUGACUGUGGCAUGCAUUAAAAUGAAGAGGCCAGAGAUCGCGGAGAACGCGAUGAAGAUCGCGGAGAAGCGCAUUUGCAGAGACAAGUGGCCUGAAUAUUAUGACACCAAACGAGGUUCGUUCAUCGGGAAACAAGCACGUCUCUUCCAAACAUGGUCUAUUGCCGGAUAUCUGGUGGCAAAGCUCCUCAUUGCCAAUCCAAACGCUGCAAAGAUGUUGAUUACCAUAGAGGAUACCGAGCUUCUUAGUGCUUUUUCAAGCAUUCUCAGUUCUAAUCCGAGGAGAAAAAGGUCCCGGAAAGCAGCCCAGAAACAGAGUUACAUAGUAUGAAUAAACGGUCAUAGCAUGAGUUCAAGCAAGCAAGCCACAUGGUUUUUUUCCCCCUUGUGUUUGGUUCCUUCACUUUAUCAUGUUAGUGAUGGAAUACAUUAUUAAUGAUAAAAUUUCUUGGAAUAUAUUGAAAGGUAACUCACCAAUACCCCUUUUGUAU